GCAACGGCAUUGUGUCUUUAAAUUUUUUUUCGUUUCUUCCACUGUGGCACUGGCAAAAUGACAAAAUAUUUUGUGUAUAUUAAUUUUGUAAUAUUAAUUGUGCCCAUGGGAGCAUGAGCAUUAGCAUUUGGCGCGCUGCUCAGUCUGUUGGCCGUUAUAGGUAUUCACCAGUCACCGAUCACUGAUCAGUCUACAAAUACGAUCAAUCAAUAAUGUUCAAGGGUUAAUUAUAUUAAUUAAUAUUCUGUUAGGUAUAUGGUUAGGUAGUUCAACAUCGUUUCGUAAAUCAAGUAUCAACAUAUUAUAAGGAAUUGGCAGUAUUAUUUUAUUUCUUAACAAUCAAUACAAGUAAUACGACUGCAAAGUAUGGAUUAUAAUAGCAUUGAUGAAGAUGAUGUUGACAAUUUAAGGCUAGCUGCUCUUAUGACGUUAAAAAAUAAAUCAUUCUUACCAAUUAAUACUAGGGGUAGUAAAUCAGUUAAAUGUUUGCCACAUAGUUCUCGUAGUAGUUCCUAUAAUACUCCUUCAAGAAACAAUGAAGGAUGGUUUCCUCCAUCAAAUAAAUUGUCCAGUAAAUUUUCAUUGAGACAUAACAGACAUGUAAAUUUAAAAAAGUCAUUUCAUCCCAAUAGAAAUUUGAUAGCUAUUGUACCAUCUAAUAUUGAAUAUGAUUUUUGCUCUGAUUUUACUGAUUCUGGCCCUGUGCUUAAUUCUGAGGAUAAAAAAUCACCAAAUAUUCAUGAUUCAAGUAAUGAAGUUACCACUAAAUUCAGCAGAUUAGAACAUGAAUCUGACUCUGAAGAAAGUGAAGAUAGUGAACCAGAAAUAAAUAAAAAAGAAGAAUCAGAUGAUUGUGAUAUUUUAUCAUUGGGGGAAAAAGAUCAAGAUUUAGAUGAUCUCGACAAAUUAAUGGAUAUUAUAGAGGCUGAAAUUGCUGAUGGAGUGAGUAAAGAUAUCAAAGAAAGUUCAAAUCUAAAAACAAAAAAUAAUCAUGAAGUAAAAAAAGCUACUGAAUUAAAUGAUAAAAAAAAUGAACCUAUUGUAUUAAAUGAAUCUAAGAUCAUUGAAAGUAAAUCACAGUUAAAUCCAUCUAAAAAAAAACUUGAAUCAGAAAUUACUGUUGAAACAAAUACAAACUCUCCAUCUCAAUGUAACUUAUUGAAAUCUCCAAUGCCGCCUAAUAUAAAGAGAUCAAUCUCUCCUUAUACUAAAUAUUUAAAUAGAUGUUCUACCACGAUAAGUCAUUCAAAGUUUCAAUGCAAAUCAGUAUCUCCAAAAAGGUUAUCACCAAUUAAAGAAAAAGUUAUAUCUCCAAUACAAUAUUCUCCCCCAAAUUCUCAAAAUCAUUCCUCUACUACAAAACAAACAUGCAAUUUUUCAUCACAAGUCAUAUCUCCUAAUAAAAGAAGACAAUCUCCAUUUAAUGAAGAAAGUAUAUCCACACUCAAGAGGAAAUCAAGAUCACCAGAUAAUGGCUCUGCUAAUACAAAAUCAAAUAGCCCAAUGGCAAUAAAAAAACUGAUGAGACCAAGGCAAAUAUCUUCUACUAUUCCAUAUGCUGAUAAUAAUGAUCACUUACCGAAAACAGCCAAACUUGAAUCUGUUGUCAAACAAGUGAAAAUGAGUUCAUUUGAUCCUCUUUUAGAACAGGUGUUAGAUGUUAAAAAUUUAUCCAUACAACAGACUGAUUCUGUUGAUCUGAGAACAGAACUAAAACGACGGAGAGCUCUUCGACUAAAUACGAAUCAAUUGGAUGCAAAGAAAAAAUCAGAAUCAUUUUAUCCUACUCGGUUACUACAGUCUGCAAUUAGAGAUGUAGUUGAUUCUAGUGCUAAUGGAAUGAAAAGAAAAAAAUCUUCUAACAAACCAGAAAUAAGAAUACAAACUGAAAGUAAUACAAAAGGCCGAAAAGUCAUUUUACUUUCAGAAAAUCAAUAUGAUCGUAGUGAUGAAGUAGAAUCUUAUCCGUGUGCAAAAAGACUAAAAGGAAAUUACAAGAAAGUUCCACUUCAUUUCAGGGUAAAAGGUGUUUCUAAUAAUAACAUGAAACAAAAAGAAUUAAAGAAGAUCAUUAGGCAAAACAUUAAUGUUACAGAUAUAGAUCAGAUGUAAAUAUUCACAACCAUAUUCUUCAGCAUAACAGAAGCAGCAGCAUUUUAUUACUAUGGACAUAAAGUAUAUUAUGUUAUUUUGAAAUUGUCUUCUUGGAUGAUUAUCAACUAUGUUUACUUAAAAUGUUUUGAUGCUAUGCAGUGCGCAUUUAUUCAUAUUAUAUAUUUUUUUAAUCAAGUACCAACUGAUUUAUGUACAUCCUUAAUAAAUUUGUUAUUAAAUAUGUAAUAUCACAUUCAUUAUUUUUUAAAUUAAGUUCAC